AUGACAAGCAGUUCAAACUCUCCAGGAUCUUACUUGCCCUCAAAAACAAGAAGUUCUAAAAUAGAUGACAACUACUUGAAGGAAUUGAAUGAGGACUUAAAGCUAAGGAAGCAGGAACUGCUAGAGAUGCUUAAACCUCUAGAAGAUAAGAACAACCUCUUAUUCCAAAAGUUAAUGUCUAACUUGGAGGAAAAACAAAGAAGUCUGCAGAUCAUGAGGCAGAUCAUGGCAGGGAAGAGGGGUGAUGAGUCUGCAGUCAUGGAGCUCAUUAAAGAAGCAGAAGAGAUGAAGCAGAAUCUGGAAAGGAAAAACCAGAUGCUUCGGAAGGAAAUGCAGAUGCUAUGGAACAAGACAUUCGACACAGAAGAACUCGGUGAUCAACAAAAAGCACCACAGAUAAAAAACAAGGCAGACUUACAGGACAGAAAGGCAAGUGGACUGCAUGCUUUCUUCUUUCAUCCCAGGAAGACCAAGAAUGAACUGGAGACAUCAUGUGCGGAGAAAAUGAAGGAAACAAGGAAGGAAAAGCAACAGAGGAAAAUGCCAUGGGUCAGGUAUCAGGAACAAGCCAACAGUCUUCAGAAUGACUUGGGCAAAGCAAUUGAGCUGAGAAUUGAAGCCUUGAAGAACUACCAGAAGGCCAAUGACCUGAAAUUAUCACUGUACUUACAGCAGAAUUUUGAGACAAAGCAAGCAUUUUUGAAUCCUUCCGGGUCCCAAGGUACUGUGGGCACUACAACUAUGGGCAGAGCAACUACUGGCAAAAAUGAAUCUAAUUUGACAAUUCUAGGAUCAAAGACCUACACAGAACAACAAAGAACUAAAGAGAAUCAGUUUGAUGAUAUAGGAGGGAGGCUCUUUUUUCAGAGGUCACUGCCAGAUGAAGCUCUGAAGGAUUAG